UUUAUGCUAUCUAUUGAUAGAUGGAUUGGCAAGGGCAGAAGCUAGCAGAGCAACUCAUGCAGAUAAUGCUGGUGAGCUUUGCUGUGGUGGCAUUUAUUUCAGGCUUUGUUUUGGGCUCAUUUCAGAUAAUGCUGCUGAUAUAUGCUUCUGGCGUUCUAUUGACUUCUCUCAUUACUGUUCCCAAUUGGCCUUUUUUCAAUCGCCAUCCCCUCAAAUGGUUGGACCCAAGUGAAGCUGAGAAGCAUCCCAAACCGGUGUCUGCUAAUACUAGCUCAAAGAAGAAGACUGGCAAGAAGUAGGUCACUUGACUAGUUUUGCUUAGCAUUUUGCUCAGAUAUUUGUGAUGGGAGGUUUAUUAGCUAUAUUUUAAUGCCUUCAUUUUUGUGUGAACUAACAUUUUGCUGAAUGUGGCCUACAUCUGACUCUCGUACAUUGCAAAUGUUUCUAGUUUUCACAUAUGGCUACUACUUUGUUUUCUAGUUCUGGUAUGCUUCCAUGUGUGCAUGUAUCAGGAUCUUAGAUUGUCAGUUUAAGUGCCUACUUGUUUUUGGUGGGUUAUGGAAUUGCUUGUUUAUUUUCA